GCAGAGCGCUGACCUGCUUUUGUAACCGGCGGGCCUGGGAGCCGGCACGCAUGAACCCAACUCCCCCACUGACACGGAGCCUCCCUGCUGGGGUUUUGUUCAGUGUGUGUGGGCAGCGACCGCUGACGAAAAGAGGAGAGAGAGAAAGAAAGAAUCUGUGUUGGUUUCAGAUGAUUGUGUGUGUGUGUGUGUGUGUGUGUGUGUGUGUGUGCUUCCUCGUGGUUACGUGUCACGGAGCAGCACAUGAAGUGAGAGGAAGCUUUCGUUAAACUCGUGUCACCGUGAAACCACCGUUGCUUCGCCCGCGUUUUCUCCCUGAAUCACGCGGAAGUGCGGUGAACAGCGAGGUUUACAGAGGUUGAAUCACUUCUCCGUCAUGCUGUGAAUCACAGCAGGAGCUGGACAGGAAAUACUGUACCACGAUUACUCUGUGCGAGCUGAUGUGUCCUUUUUCCCACCUUUAUAAUCAUAAUCCCGAACAGAAAGUCAUCUGGAUUAGUUAUAAGUAGGACUUGUGUUGUCUGUGUUGCAGUGCGAGUCUGGAGGCAGAGGCCGGCAUGGCCGACGUGCUGGAGAUCGGCGGCGGCGGCGGGUCCCGUGACGUCAGCGCGGCCGGCGUCGAUUGGCAAAAGCGCUGCAUCGCCCUGGAGACGCAGCUGCUGAAGUUCCGGCUCCAGGCCGGGAAAAUCCGAGAGCUGCUGGCAGAGAAGAUGCAGGAGCUGGAGCAGCGGGUGACCGAGGCCGACCAGCGGGCGGAGAGUGCGGAGAAACAGAUCCACGUCAUGGAAGAAAAGCUGAAGUCUGCAAACAUACAAACCAGCGAAACGGAGAGCUCGUCCUACAGAAGGUAUCAAGACUUGACCAAUCGGGUUCAAGAAAAAGAUGCUGUGAUAAAGAGAUUAGAGGUGCAGCUGGAAAAACAGAUCUUCGUCAGAGCCCAGGAGGCAAAAAUUAUUGAGGAGAAGGCAGCCAAGAUUAAAGACUGGGUCACUUUUAAGCUAAAAGAGAUGGAGCAGGAAAACCAGCUGCUGAAAAUGGCCAACUUGAAGCAGACAGAACAGAUAAUGUUGCUGCAGGACAAACUACAAGCUCUCUUAGAGAAACCUGCAUCCUCUGGAUCUCCUGCCGCCUCCCCAAUGAUGGACACACACCAGGUGCCCAGCAGUCCGCUGUUUCCUCCCAGCUGCCCCGGCACUCCACCUGCCCAAGACGACGGCUGGAGGCAGGCGGGGCCACGAGGGGCCGCUUGUAAUAGCAAGACAGAUGUGAAGAGGGCUACUGAACAGUCCAGUAAGGGGAUUUCUCUCGGAGACCUUAGAGCCCAUGAUGUCCUCUCUCAGGGUCGGAGCAGGGAGGGACCCGGCUGCCCAGUUCCCACAAGCGGACCAGAGCUCCCAGUGGGUCCAGCGACGCUGGCAGGUUGCUCUGACAACUCCUCCGAUGAGCUCAGCAGCAAGUUCCGCUCCCAGUGCCUCCACUCGUCCUCCUCCUCUUCCUCCUCCUCCUCUGCCUACGAGAUGGCCCAAGGGCCGAGCUCCCUGGAGCCGUCCCUCAGGAUAACACCCAAAAGCCCGCUCCUGUCGCGCUCCCCCUCCACUAACAACCCUUUCCCCAACGCUCCAGUUCACCAGUCGGGCACCAGCACGACGCUCCCCAAAAUCCGGACUCCGCUCACCCCCAGAGACAGCAUCCAGCUGGUGAAGAAGCACUGCAGCCAGCCGCAGCCCAGCCUGGACCGGCUGCACCACCUCAACGUCAACAUCGACAUGGUGCCCCCGUCCUCCGCUUGCUCCACGCUCAAGAGCACGGGCGCGGCCAGCUCGCCCUUCUCGCAGGUCGUGGAGGAAACCGACAUUGACGACGGGCUUCCCGACAGCAUGGACGGCGUGGUGGAGGGGUCGGGGUCAGAGGAGCCGCGACGCAACGGCGUCUCCUUUGUGGGACUCCCGGAGGAGCUGGAGCCACCAACGCCCCCGUUACACCGCUUCCCCUCAUGGGAGAGUCGGAUCUACGCUGUGGCAAAGUCAGGAAUGAGAGUAUCAGAGGCCGGUCCCGCGGCCAGGGGCCCCGGACGAGGGUCAAACUUUCCACAAUACCCAGCGGCAGGUCCGUUCCCCCAGCUGAUCUACAGGAAUAUCAAUGUACCAGUCUAUACCACACUCAAAGGGAAAGCCACUCAGAUCAGCAGCGUGCCUCUGCUUGAUGACGACUCCGGGUCCGAAGACGACAGCAGCUCUCUGGCCAGUUUGCGGACCUCCGUCCUGUUGCCGGACAAGAAGGGCAGCGUCCCUGGGAGCCCGCGGGCCGUCAAGAGAGGUGUGUCCAUGUCAUCCAUCAGCUCAGAGAGCGAUUACGCCAUUCCUCCUGACGCCUACUCCCUGGACAGCGACUACUCCGAACCAGAACAUAAAGUCCAGCGAACCUCCUCCUACUCCUGCGAGAGCAGCGGGCCGGAGAUGCUGGAGAAGUCGGGGUACCUGCUGAAGAUGGGCAGUCAGGUGAAAGCCUGGAAGCGCCGCUGGUUUAUCCUGAGGAAUGGAGAGAUCCUCUACUACAAAUCUCCCAGUGACGUGAUCAGGAAACCUCAGGGUCAGAUUCAGCUGAACUCCUCCUGCCGCAUAGUCCGUGGAGAGGGAGCACAGACCUUUCAACUGAUUACCGAGAAGAAGACGUUCUAUCUGACCGCCGACUCGCCCAACAUCCUGGAGGAGUGGAUCCGGGUUCUGCAGAACAUACUGAAAGUCCAGGCCAGCAGCCCGGUUACCGUGGAGACCACCGCCAAGCCCACCGUGAGGGGUUGGCUUACCAAGGUCAAACAUGGACACUCUAAGCUGGUGUGGUGUUCCCUUGUUGGAAAAGUGUUCUCCUACUAUCGUAAUCAGGAAGACAAGUUGCCUCUGGGUCAGCUGAAGAUGCGCGAGGCCUCGGUGAAGGAAGUGGACCGUUCCUGCGAUUCAGACGAGGACUACGAGGCAGGCAGCCGAGGUUUCCUCUCCUCCCACUGCACCCUGGUGGUCCAACCAAGAGACCAGAGUCCCACCUACAUGCUCAUUGGCACCAAGCAGGAGAAGGACACGUGGCUGUAUCACCUGACUGUGGCAGCGGGCAGCUGUGCGACCUUCAGAGUGGGCACAGAGUGCGAGCAGCUCAUCGGUAAACUCCUGGAUGCAGAGGGAGACCCAGAAUCUGCUUUGUGGAGGAGCGAGGCCUUGAGCUUCUGUAAGGAGGGUCUGCGCUCGCCUCUCACCACUCUGCCCUCUGAGGCUCUGCAGACCGAAGCCAUCAAGCUCUUCAAGUCCUGUCAGCUCUUCAUCAACGUGCUGGUUGAGUCCCCGUCUGUCGACUACCACACCUCGCUGGCCCAGAAUGCAUUGCAAGUGUGCCUGACGCACCCGGAGCUGCAGAACGAGGUGUACUGUCAGCUGAUCAAGCAGACCAACCGCCGAACGCCACAUAACUACUCCCUCACGCAGUGCUGGCAGCUGUUGUCUCUGUGUGUGGCUCUGUUCCUCCCUCAACAACAUUUCCUUUGGUACCUAAGACAGUACCUGCAGCGCAACGCUGACCCGAGGAGUGAGGUGGGGAAGUAUGCAGUGUACUGUGAGAGGUCUGUGCAGCGAACGCUGCAGAACGGGGAGCGGGAGGCCAAACCGUCCCGUAUGGAGAUCGUCUCCAUCCUGCUGAGGAACCCCUACCACCAUUCACUGCCCUUCAGCAUCCCGGUGCACUUCAUGAACAACACCUACCAGGUGGUGGGUUUCGACGGCUCCACCACAGUGGAAGAGUUCCUCAACACGCUGAAUCAGAGGAUCGGCUUGAGGAAGCCUCAGCUCUCUGGGUUUGCACUCUUCACCGACGAUCCGUCUGGCAAGGACCUGGAGCACUGCCUGCAGCCGGCUGCCAAGAUCUGUGAUGUCAUUUCCAAGUGGGAGCAGGCCCUAAAGGAGCUGCAUCCUGGGAAAAAUGAGGGGACACGGAUAGUGCGUCUUACAUACAAAAGCAGGUUGUGUUUCAGAUCUCAGGUGAAAGGAGAGACGGACCGAGAGCGCCUCCUGCUGGCCUACCAGCUGAAUGACGAAGUUCAGCAAGGCCACUUCCCCGUCAACAAAGAGCUGGCUCUUGAGGUGGCCGCCCUCAUGGCACAGGUGGAACAUGGUGACUUGGAGAGACCGGCUUCCUCCUCUCCCACCGGCUCUCCUCUACCGAAAUCUCAGCUCAUUCUUCUGCAGGCCUUAGAGCGCUUCUACCCCAAACGAUACAAACAAGACUGCAGCUCAGAGCAGCUCAGAGAUCUUGCGGAGCGUCUGGCCACCAAGUGGUCUAUGCUGCGUGGGUGCAGCGCGCCUGAGUGUGUGAGAAUAUACCUGACCGUGGCUCGCAAGUGGCCGCUAUUUGGAGCCAAACUCUUCAGCGCAAAACCGCUGCCCCCCUCCCCCGUUGAGCAGAGCCAGGUGUGGCUGGCAGUCAAUGAAGAUGGAUUAUGUGUGCUGGACUACGCAAUGCACACGCUGGUCACACACUCCUACAGCUCUGUGAUUACCUUCGGCGGCUGCCGGGAUGAUUUCAUGGUGGUGACGAGCCAGCAGAGGGAGCCUGGACUCGGGAAGAAGAGCGUGGAGAAGCUGCUCUUUGCGAUGGCCAAACCAAAGAUCCUGGAGCUGACUCUGCUCAUGGCCAGCUACAUCAACCACUGGAACCACAGCCUCCCGCCCGCCUCGCCGCAGCCCCUCGGCCACUGGGACGUGGACAGCAAGCACUUCCCUGCCAUGAGCUACACCACCAAGGGCCCCACGCUCCUGUGACCGCCGCAGGACUACACGCCAUUUAACCACAGGGGGGGCUGGACGCUACGCCGCCCUCAGUGCGCUUUCAUAUGGAGGAGACGACAGGGAGACGCUUUUUAUUUUUAUGAGAUUCAGAUUUAGAGAUUCCAGGAUCAGGUCUUAUCAGACUAUUUAUUACUACAGCCGGAGUGUUUAUUUAGAUUUAAGAUUUGAAUGUUGGGAGUCGUUUUUGAAAUGCAUGAGGGGUCCGAGGACCUGUUUCCUACCCGCAGUGGGAUCCACUCAGCCUGCUGCCGUUACUCGCCUUCAUUCUAACAUUCAAAGUUUUUCAGACCUUUUUUCUGUCAGAAGCUGUUGCCUCCUGCGAGCUGGAAUACUGUGUAGUGUGUCGCUGCCUUUUAUACCAUAAAUGAUCAUCCUUAACAG